UCUGAGAUAUACAUACGUACGAUGAAAAUAAUAUUGUAUUCUGCAUGUGCAUUAGCGCUGUGCGCAUACGUCUUGGCUGUAGAACAACCAACUAAAAAUACAAAAACAAACAAAUCCCAAUCAAAGAGAAGCGUUUCCGAAUUGAAUUACGGAUACGCUGGCUCUGAAAUCACAAGCGAUAACUAUGGACAUGGAGACUUCAGUGCUGGACAUGCUGACCUUGAUGGAGAAUCCGCAUACGGUAGUCACCAACAAUCGUCGUACUACCACGUACCAGUCAAGACCAUAACCAAAAAUGUGCCACAACCGUAUCCCGUGGAAGUAGCCAAACCAUACCCUUACCCAGUCAAAGUGGCCGUUCCCGUCGACAAACCGUACACCGUGGAAGUGCCCAAGCCGUACGCCGUGCACGUGGAAAAGCCGUACCCCGUCAAAGUUCCAGUGCCACAUCCUUACCCAGUGGUCAAAGAAGUUCACGUACCCUACAAGGUGCCGGUAGAUCGCCCAUACCCAGUGCACGUUGACAAACCAUACCCCGUGUACGUCGAAAAGCAAGUGCCGUACCCGGUCGAGAAAGCUGUGCACGUUCCAUUCAAAGUACCGGUCGCCCGCCCAUACCCAGUGCACGUGCCCGUUGAGAAGAUCGUACCGUACCCGGUCGAGAAGCCGGUCCACUAUCCGGUUAAGGUUCCCGUCGAACRCCCGUACCCCGUACCAGUGGUGAAGAGUAUCCCGUAUCCGGUCGAGAAACCAGUUCCGUAUCCAGUGGUCAAGGAAAUCCCAUAUCCAGUUAAAGUUCCGGUGAAAUACGAAGUAAAAGUACCAUACCCAGUCAANACUUACCAGCCCGAACACCACUACGAACACCAGGAACACCAUGAAGAACACGACUAUCAUCACGGAAGCAGUGGAUAUUAAUUAUACUUACGUCUCAUUCUAGUCACACUCGAGCCCAAAGUUACCGGUUUGCGUCUGUUAUGUGUAUAAGUAUGGUAACUUCCUAUAUUACACUUAUACAAUGUUAUUAUGUAAAGAUUUGUAUUUAUGUUUAGUUUACAUUAUUUUGUGAUCGGAGCAUAAUAUGAGAAUAAUUUUUAGAAUAUGUUCUUCUUUAAAAGUGAAAAGAUCUCGAAAGUUGUGCCGUCACAAUAUUAUCAUACCAAACCAGGUAUUUAAUAUACUUGGAUGCCAAUUGCAAAAUAUGUUUUAAUAUGGAAAAUAUAAUAAUAUUUGUGUUUGAAUUUUUUUUGUUAAUUAUGUACUAUAUUUUUACAAUAAAUACAUUAUCUUUAUAUGUGAACAAAAACAUAUAGUACGAUAAUAUAUUAUA